AAACCAAGCCAAUUGUCAAAUUUUUUCAAGGGAAGCCUCUUGUUUACCUUUUCAAUUUCACCAAAUUUUCACUGAAAAUCCAUGGUAGAAUGGAGCAAAACGUGUGGGUAAAUACUUGUCGUUUGUGCUUGGAGAUUAAGACUGAAUUUGUGGACACUGAAGCAUCGGAAGAAGUUGCGAAUUUCGUGUCAACUGUACUACUGGAAAUCUUCCAAAUUUCUAUGGUCCCAGGUGAAGAUCUCCCACAGGAAGUUUGCUGCGACUGCCUGGAUAAGAUGAACACCGUGUGGGAGUUUCGAUCGCAAGUGUUGGAGAAUCAGAAGAUCCUGCAGCAGCACACAUCCUGUGAGACGAUGGUGUUUGAGGUGUCGGGUAAGGAAAUGACGGAUGAUGAGGAAUUGUUGAUUGAAUCAGUGAUUGAGGACACGACGAAGGUAAAGGAGGAAUUUGCUCAAAUCUGCGAAGAAGCUACGGCUGAUGAUAUAAUUCUGGAGGAACCUUCAGCUGAUGAUAUAAUUGUCGAAGAACCAUGGGAGGAGAUUGAUGAGACCUAUCAGGGGGAUGUUGUGGAAGAGCCAGAAGUAAAGGAGAAGCGUGCAAAGCGACAGAAGAAUCCAGAUGCUGACAAAGUGAUUCUGGAGAAAUUUCCAGAUUUCGAAAGGGUAACUUGUCCAUGGGCUGGAAUGUCUUGGGCUCAGAAGGAUGAAUAUGUGAGGGAAUAUGUGACAUUGGACUGUAAGGAAUGCAAAAAUGGCGAAAUAUUUUCUAGUUUUGAGGAUUUACUGGAUCACUACAGAAGUGCCAAGCAUACGACUCAGCCGUAUGUUAUUUGCUGCAACAAGAAUUACUUCAAGAGGGAUUUACUGAAUGCUCAUAUGGUCACCCAUACGCAUCCGGAAGCUUUUGCUUGCUUUGUGUGCAAGAGACGAAUGAAGAGUAAGGAUUAUUUGAAGAAGCAUCUCUUCACUCAUUUGCCGUAUGAGCUGAGACCGAUAAAGUGUGAGCAUUGUGAUAAGAAAUUCCUGGCCAAUAAUCAACUAAGGGUGCACAUGGCGUCCCAUCUGCCACCGUCGGAGAAGAAGUACGGCAGGAGGAAGAAGACAACGGGAAUGUAUAGCGAAGACACAGGGGAAAUUAUGGGAGAAGUCGAGAUUAAAACCGAAGAGAUUGACCGGAAAUUGAGGCAUCAUGAUCAAGAUAGGGCAAUACUUGAGCGAUAUCCUGACUUUGAGUACAUCCAGGGUCAGUCUGUGCAUAUCCCAAUGGCUGAUAGAGAUGAAGUUAUGAGGCAAUUUGUGAGUUUGGAAUGCAAAGAAUGCGUAGAUCGUCCGACAUUUGAGACCUUUGAGAAAUUAGAGGAUCACUAUGUGGCCGAACAGCACACGACUAAGCCUUUUGUCACGUGCUGCGGAAAGGAUUUCUACCGGAAACCCUAUUUAUUCAACCAUGUGGCCAUCCAUGUCAAUCCAACGGCAUUUGCCUGUCCGGAAUGUGAUCAUUUGUCCAAGAGCAAGGAUCUCCUGAAGAAGCAUCUCUACACUCAUUUGCCCAAGGAUGUUCGACCAUUGGAAUGUGCUCAGUGCGGCAAGAGAUAUGUCACUAAGGCUCAGUUGCGCUUCCAUCUGGCCAAUCAUGUCCGUGUCGAAGACAGACCCUUCGAUUGCAACGAAUGCGGCAAGUCCUUUGCCUACCGUUUCGUCCUGGAGCGCCAUAAAAAAGCCCACAAUCGCGUCCCUGACUACGUCUGCGAGGUCUGUGCCAAAACCUUCAUCGGUCGCAGCAAUUACCUCGAUCACAAAAUGCGUCAUCAUGAUAUCCCAGAUCCCGUUACGUGCCCAAUUUGUGGCAACAAAUACAAAAACCACGUUAGCCUUCGGAGUCACAUGGAACUCCAUACAGAUCAGCGUGAACAUAAAUGCACCCAGUGCAUGAAAAUCUUCACAGCUCGAGCUGGUCUCCUGGCGCACAUCCGUUACGUCCAUUCCGGCCAGUGGCGCUACAAAUGUUCAGCCUGCCCCAAAGCCUUCCGGACGAAACGCGAGCACCGAGAUCACAUGCUGCGUCACACCGAUCGAUCAAUCUACCAAUGUAAAUUCUGCAGUAAAACCUUCUCCACCAGCUCCUACUACUAUUCCCACCGGAAAAAAGCCCAUCCUGUGGAACAUGCCAAACUGCCCAAAAAGCAGAAAUUCUUCGUGGAAAAGUGAACAAGAAAACCCUAAUAUUAGAGGAAAUAAUUUAUACAUAGGGUAAAAAUUUCAUCUAAGCAAUUUCAUGAGAGGAAAUAAUUAAUGAUAAAUUCCCUGUCAAAACCAUCUUUUGUUGUCAUUGAACAAUCUCAAAAUACUUCCUCAUGCAGGAAGUCUUAUUUGGUCAGAAGGGGAAAAUUGCUCUCCAACUUAUGAGCCUGCAGAUGGGCAAAGAGAUCAUUCCGCACCAGAACCUGCUUGCAGAUUGAACAUACAUCAAUUAUAGCUUCACCCAUCCUAUUGAGUCCCUUUUCGCGCUGCACAUGCACCAAGAACAGCUCCUGCAAAACAAAUAAUAACACCUUCACAGAAAUAUCUCCUGCUUCGUUAAGAUUCUCUAAUAAGAAAUCAACCUACCUGUUGCUUUCCAAUAUCCGGCAAAAGGGCCAAUAAUUCCGGAAAGACAUCGUUGAAUUUAUCACCAAGAGCCACCAGGCAGUGCUCAUAGUAGGGCUCAGGAUUGUACUUGUUCUUCACAAACAUCUGAGAAAUGUUGUGAAACUCCUUCACUGCUGCACUUGUCUUUAGAACAUCCUGGAAAUGGCCUAGAAGUAUCUGAAAAAAAAAAUGCAUUUUAUUUUAUUUUUUAAUUUCCUCCGUGUAUUUUUUUUUUGAUUUCGUAAAUGGUUUAAUAAAGUUUUUAAGAAUGAUAAA